AUGGCUCGUCUUCAGCUACUAAUUCUAUUCUCUCUACUUCUUCUGACGCUGUCAGCUGCAAAUGAUGAUGACUUUUUUCCGACUGGCGUUGCAAGGCCUGCAACGUACAACCCUGGCAACAGGGCCACCAACGCACUGAUUGACGCCCUAGAGGACGACUACUCCGCUUUUCUCUUCUUCUUCAAGCGCGCAGGUUUGGACAAGGAGUUUCCGGACUUGCUGUGCAAGUACACGGUCACCAUAUUCGCGCCGACGAACGAGGCGUUCAAGUCGCUCGACAGCGACCUGAAGAAGAAGGUUAAGGAGGACAAGCUGCUCCUGCGCGAGCUCAUGCUGCUGCAUGUCGUCAAGGGAAAGAAGACAUUCGCACGCCUCCUCGAGCAGGAACAAGGCCAUCAAUAUGAGUCCCCUGCUGCUCGUGGCCAAGCCAAGCUGGCCAAGCGCUGUGACGAUAACGACGAGCCGUUCAUCAUCUCGGCCAGGCAGGGUAAGAACGUAGCGACUAUUGUGGACGAGGACGUGUUCGUAGGGCGGGUAGGGGACGGGAAGGGGAAUAGGGUUUGGUUGGAGGUGGGGUUGGAUGGGGAGAAGAGGGGAAAGGAGGGGGAGGGGGAGGGGGGUAAAGAGGGAAUGUGGAGGGAGGGUUGGGGGGGGUGUAGGAGGAUGAAUGAAGUCGUUACAGCAGCCGUGGCUGCCGACAGGCUCGGCCCAGACGUGGACGAGGAGGCUCGGAGUGAGGUUCGGCGGCGGCAGGCUCGGCUCCUGUGGAACGUGGACGGCACGGAGCGCGGCGCGAAGGCGGACUCGGAGCGGCGCGGCGAGAUCGAGGAGGCGGUCGUUGACUUGGAAAGACUCGGCGGAACUCCGUUGACCUCGGGAUUGGAUCGGCUGGACGGGUGGUGGGAGCUCAAGUACAGUACCGCUGCUGACGUCACCGGGAUUCUCAUGGCUCCGUCGUCGUUUCCGCUCCCCAUUCUACAGGUGGGUCGAAUCUUCCAGCGCUACAUCUGUGCCGGGAGAACAGACGGAGGCACGGUGCAGAACGUGGUUCGGUGGAGCCUGCCGGGCCUGCAGGACAAGGAGGGCGCAUCUUUAAUAGUGACAGCGGAGUUUGACGUGCGCAGUGGCCGCGCCAUCCAGCUGCAGUUCGAGCGGGCGGCGGUGGGCGGCGUGAAGAUCAACGAGCAGCUGCAGGCCCUGCUGGCGCCGGCUGCUCUGCCCCGCACGCAGUUGUCACUAGAUGCGCUGCAAUUCUUCCGUUCCUUGGAGCUGUCAGUGCCUCUUGGCUCCCCUCUUCGAUCCACCACAGAAGUAUUGUCAAGCUCCAUUCCCGCCAAUCGCUUCAUGAUUACGUUUCUAGACGAGCGCAUUUUGGUUGGCCGAGCUGUUGCUACAGGAGGUCUGUUCAUUUUCGAGAAGUCGGAGGAACCGUCCAAACAAGCAGGAAUGUCUAGCCUUGCCGCGAGGGCCGCGUUCGAUCCGCUGCAUCUAGACGCCGCGAUUUCCACAGUUACUUCCCACAAUUUCCUCUACGCCGUUGCCGAUGCGGCGGAUGCGGCUGCCUCCGCGGCUGCUGAUGUGUCAACCGCCGUGGCGGCUGUAGCAGCUGACGCGGCGGCGUCUGGCGGAGACGCAGCGGCUGCUGCGGCUUCCGAUGGUGGCUGGUUCGCUGGGCUCGCUAACGUUCUGGAGAGCAUUUUGAAGGUGCUGGAGCAAGGGCUGGCGUCGGUGAACGUGCCGUACGCGUACGGGUUCUCCAUCAUCCUGCUCACGCUGCUCGUCAAAGUCGUCACCUUCCCGCUCACAAAGCAGCAGGUGGAAUCCACGAUGGCGAUGCAGAACCUCGCGCCCAAGGUCAAGGCCAUUCAAACCAGAUAUGCUGGCGAUCAGGAGCGCAUUCAGUUGGAGACUUCGCGUCUUUACAAGCAGGCUGGCGUCAACCCACUUGCGGGGUGCCUGCCCACGCUAGCCACGCUACCUGUCUUCAUUGGGCUGUACCAGGCGCUCAGCAACGUGGCCAAGGAGGGAGUGCUAACAGAGGGCUUCUUCUGGAUCCCUUCCCUUGCCGGCCCCACGUCCAUUGCUGCUCGCGACAGCGGCUCAGGCAUCUCGUGGCUCUUCCCCUUCAUUGACGGGGUCCCACCGCUCGGGUGGGGGGCGACAGCUGCUUACCUGGUGCUGCCGGUGCUGCUGGUGGCAUCUCAGUUCUAUGCCAUGCAGAUCAUGCAGCCCCCUCAGAGCGACGAUCCAGCACAGAAGAACACACAAGUGAUCCUCAAGUUCCUGCCUCUCAUGAUUGGCUGGUUCUCCCUCUCAGUCCCCUCCGGUCUCUCUCUUUACUGGUUCACCAACAACCUGCUGAGCACGGGGCAGACCAUCUACCUGCGCAAGAUGGGCGGCGCCACGCCCAAGGUGGCAGCUGGGGGAGGCGACAUCAUCGACGUGGGGCAGGCCAAGCGCUCCUCCGCCGCCUCUGCCGUCAUUGCCACAGAACAGGACAAGGAGAAGCUGCGCGGUGAACAGUUCCGCAAGCAGAAGGAGACGGACGCUGCUCGCCGGUCGGCCAAGCGGGCGGCGGAGGAGGCGGCGCGGGCGGCGGAGGAGAAGGCGGCGCGGGAGAAGGCCAGGCUUGAGCAGCUGAGGGCGGAGAUCUCGGGGGAGGGGGAGGAGGAGGUGGCAGUGGUGGAAGCUGAGAACGGAGCAGCAGCAGAGGAGUCCAAGGCAGUAACACCAAAAGCUGCAGUGGCGCCAUCAUCAGGAACACCCCGCCGCAGCCGUCGAUCUCGUAGGACCCGAAAGGCAACCCCUGAGUAG